GAGCUCGGUCUGUAACGUGUUUUAGUUUGGGCGAGGAACGGUCGAGCUCAUAGAUCUGUAAAAAUGAUUAUCAUAAAAUUCUUCGUAGAUAUCUUAUUUAAUUAAUUGAAAUAGUUUGUUAAAAUAUUUUUCUUGUGAAAUCAGUUAUACCUAUUUUAGAUCAAUGUUAUUUAAAGGGUGCUAUAGUUAAUAGUAAUAGCAAUUCGCUAGCGUAUGAUAAUUACUAUAGUCUUGGUACUGCUAAUAAUGGUAUAGUGAUAAGUAAUGGAUUAACAAUUUCCGGGCGCUUUUAAUAUUUUAUUUUUAGCUGCCAUUUGCGAAGGAAGAGACCGAGAUUUAUAUAUAUGUUUAAUUAUUGUUUAUUCUUCUGGUGAUAACACUUUAAAAUGAGCACGCAUUUGCAAGAUACUGAAACCAGUAAGAGGGAUAAUCCGAAGUGUUUGCUACUAGAAAACCAUGAUUUAUUGAAUCCAUCGGAAACAGCAAUACCAGAAGAAAAAAAGGAUUACGAAGAGGAAUUGGAAUUUGUUGGAUCACUAGCAUUUUUGGGUCCUACACUCUGGGAUAAAACACUUCCAGAUUUCAAGCUAGAGUCACUGGACUUCAAUGAGCUGCUAGAAGAGAAUAAUAACCUAAUAGAUAACAAUCCUACCCAUCAUUCCUCAUAUAAUCCACAGUCGUUACAAGCUUGUUCCCUGUCAGAAGCUAGCUUUACCUUACCAGAAUUAUCUUCAUUAUCAUCAGAUUCACCUACCUAUUCUGCCUCUAUUCAUUGGGGUUGUGGAAACAACAUACACACAUCUCAGGUGGAGUUUUGUCCUACAGAUUUGGCACUUGCUUCUGCACCAGGUCAACGUCAGUUUGACCCGGUCAACCACAGUUUUUCGGAUGAUGAUUUGAAACCUCAACCCAUAAUCAAGAAGUCAAAAAAGCAUAUCGUUUCCGAUGAACUGAAAGAUGAAAAGUACUGGACUCGACGAAGCAAAAACAACGUGGCUGCCAAGAGAUCUCGUGAUGCACGAAGAAUUAAAGAAAAUCAAAUUGUUCUUCGUGCAUCAUACUUGGAAAAAGAAAACGCAUCACUGAAGGAGGAACGUCAAAAGCUCAAAGAAGAAAAUCUAAGGUUGCUGGAAUGUCUGAAAAAAUAUGAAAAGUUUUAAAUGUGACUCACAGCAGGUUGUGGUUUGAAGUAAACCUUAUCUUUUUUUUUUUCAUCAGGAUCUGUUUGAACGAUUUGUUUUGCACAAACAUAAACGUGAUGGUUCUGAAAUUAUUUUGAAUAUAAAAAAAAAGGUAUUUUAAUGUACAUAUAAUUUUGGAGAUCAAAUUUAAUGAAAGCUUCACAUUUGAGUAUUCAUGACUUGUUUAGGUAGAAGUAAAUCUUUUUAAUGGUUACUGAAAGUAUCCUACUGGAUUCAAAUCUUGUCUUCAACUUUUAAAUGGAUACGGAAAACAACCUACCGUAUUCAUAUCUUGUCUUCAACUUUUUAAUGGUUACGGAAAACAACCUACCGUAUUCAUAUCUUGUCUUCAACUUUUUAAUGGUUACGGAAAACAACCUACCGUAUUCAUAUCUUGUCUUCAACUUUUUAAUGGUUACGGAAAACAACCUACCGUAUUCGUAUCUUGUCUUCAACUUUUUAAUGG